UGAGCGGGUAUAAAUCGACCGACUCCUUCUUCUGAGACGUUAUUAACACUCUAGAGAGAUCCACGGCGAGUUAUCACCAAUUAAAUACACCAGAAAUGAAGUUCUUGAUUGUUUGUAUGCUUUUGGCUGUUGCCCAAGCUGGAGUUAUCCCAAUCGCAGGACAAGUUGAACAAGAAGUCAUCCCUGGAAUUGCUAAUGAACAUAUCGUUCAAGGACCAAGUACUAAAACAAGAGUUUUAGGACCCGAUGGAAGUCAAGUUAAUUCCGAUGCUGCUGGAGGCACAAUUGUCCCUGAAGGUGGAGUUGCAGUUUUUGAACCAAUUCUUACUUUAACAAAAGGAACACCAAUUGUUGCUGCAAUUCCCGUUCCGGCGGUACCACAAACAAUCGUUCAGCCAGCAGCUUUAGUUGUCCCUGUUGCGAAAUCUUUAGAAGAAGGCCAAUAUAUUCCAGAUAACACCGAAAAAUUAUACGAUGAUGGUUCUUACAAACCAUCUCCUUUAGAGGAAGCUGAUGAUGGAACUUAUAAAGGAGAACAAUAAAGUUGGUUAUAAAGAGGGGUUCUAGUCUUAGAAAUGAAUAAAAAUCCACCCGUAGAGUUUGUAAACAAACAAGUUUCGCUAAUAAAUUUUAUUUUACUUAAAAAGAA